GGCGCUGCGGCGGGACCGCCCUGCGCUCGCCUCGCCGCGGGAGCUCCCUCCUGGGACCGCUCGGAGCGCGGGCAGGGGGGAUGCUCGGCCGGGCGGCGCGGACACAGCUCCGCCGCCGGGGCCAGCGUUUCCCCCGGGGCAGCGGCGGCCGCGGCCGCCCACACCUGGCGGCGGCCCUGGGACCCGGAUCGGGCCGGAGCGGAGGGAUGACAUCUAAGGAUGCUUCAGGUGAAGCUAAUAGUAACUGGAGAUGACUUCGGCUAUUGUCCUCGGAGAAACCAAGGCAUUGUGGACUGUUUCCUGGCUGGUGCGAUAUCUAACGUGUCCCUUCUCGUCAACGGAAGUGCUGCAGCAGAUGCAGCCAAGCUGGCAAGGAGAUACAACAUCCCAAUAGGCCUGCAUGCCAACCUCUCCGAGGGCUCCCCUGUAUGUGAAGUGCUCAAGACAAACUCUUCUCUGCUCAACCAGGAUGGAUUUUUCCAUGGAAAAAUGGGAUUCAGAACAGCUCUGUCAAAAGGUCUCCUGAAUAUGUCAGAGGUGAAGCAGGAGCUAAAGGCCCAGGUGGAGCUGUUCCAUGAGCUGACAGGUCACCUACCUCCUCACAUGGAUGGGCACCAGCAUGUCCAUGUUCUCCCAGAGGUCAGGCAUGUAUUUGCAGAGGUGUUAGAGGAAUAUGGGAUUAAGUACACACGUGUCCCAAUAGAGCCAGGCCUUCAUAACUGUGACUGGAUUCCACCAUCCCUCAUGGACUUCUACCUGGGAGUAGAGGAAGAUUCUUUUAACACAGUGGAUGUGUUUACAAAGCAUGGAAUAAGGUGGCCAGACAUUUACAUAGGCCUGAGCACCAUGGGCAGGAACAUGUCUGUCAGCAGCAUCCAGAGCGCCAUCGACAGCGCCGUCCUGCAGCUCACGGCCAAGGCACCGCAGAGCAGCACAGUGACCAUCGAGCUGAUGGUGCACCCAGGGUACCCCAGUGUCCCACCCGCCGGCGGCUGUGGGCAAGGACCAGAUGAUUUCUCACAGUCCUGGGAACGCCUCCAUGAACUCCAGACAUUAAUUAAGCCGGAGCUGCAGAGCCAUUAUAAAAGCAGGAACAUUCAGCUGUGUUCAUUCAAAGAUCUUUAAAUAAAUGAGCAGCCAUCCAUCCAUCCAUCCUCUGAAGACAGGCAGUUGCAAAUGUCCAGAUCAAAUGUCCAAGCCAAAUCACUGUUCUCAGAGUCACAGGCCCUGGUCCAGCUCAAAGGAGUUGUGAACGGCCUGGGAAUGGACACCACCACCCUGUGAGCAGUGCCCCAGAGCCCCAGCUGCAGGUUUAAGACCACAAUGUCUGCUCAAAAUGUGCCAAACUCCUUCUGUGACACCCCCUCCACAGCGCCCCAGUGCAGCACACGCUCCCAGGAUGCAGCUCCAGCAAAAGAACAGCACUAGGACAGACUUGGCUGUGAGAUGCUGCAGCACAGCACCCUGAGGAGUCUGAUCAUUUCCCCUUCAGACUUGAUGGCAAAACAAGAACUGUGCUGGGGAGCAGGUGCUGCUUUGGAGCAGCCACUCAGUGUCGGUCACCCACUGGACACCUGCAGCACUUGGUUCUCUGAAAGCAGCCAGUCCCUGCCCCUCCACUCGUACCUGUGCACCGAUGGUGAGGGGCGCAGGGACAUUUCACCCUCAGAGCCUUCCUCUGCUCAGAGCAGUCAGGUCACACACGGCCCAGUGGGGUCUGCAGCCACCUGGGAGCCACCUCAGCUGUCAGGAAUUGUGUCUCUGCCUGUUUACAUUGCCUCUUGGCAUUAAGCCCCCCCUAGGAAAGUAACAUCAGCCACAGCCCUUUUGGAGAGGCUUCUUAUUUUUGGGAUGACUUUGCAGGAGCAGCAACUGUUGACCCAUCUGCUGUUUUAGUAACUGCUGUGUAUGAGAACAGCAGCAACUGGUCUUGCACCACCCACUGCCCCUCAGGACAACCACGAGCUGUACCAGCCACAAGCACGGCUGCGAGUGGAGAAGGUCCUUGUAUUUGUCCCUUUUAUUCCUGUCACCAGAACAUUCAAACUCCAACAGCCCCAGUAGCACUGCAGCUCUGUCAUUCCUGUAAGGACUUUCACACGGGGAAAAAUUAUUUUAGAUUUUUUGUGCUCAUUCUCUGCACAGGAGUGAUUCUAGUUAACAUAAUUGGUUUUGUUAACCAUGUUUUUUAAUAUAAAAAAAAUCAGUAUGGUCAUCAUUCUUUUAAAUGAAAAAUAAACUCAGGCCUUUUCUAUUGCAAAUCUUCAGGAGGCUUUCGAGUUUAGUUAUAUCUGGUGAGUGAACUAAACCCACUCACCUGCCUGCUCCCACACCGCUAGAAGGGCCUCCCUUUCUAUCAUUAAUGGGAACUGUCUGAUCUUUCCUAUAACACAUCUGAGGAAGUUUUUGUCCUGUACAAGUAGGAAAAACAUCAAGGAUCCUGUAGAAAAUAUUUUCCCCGAUUCUUUCCUAUAUUCUAGAAAUGCCUUAUGUGUCUGAGCCGGGCGGCGUGAGAGCAGGGCAGGUGUUACCCCGGGGAUGCCCGGCCGCGAAGCCGCUGCCGGGGGCAC